AUGGCAAAUAACAAGAACAUCAGCAAGCAGCAGCAACAGCAGCAUGCGGAACCAUUAUGCAAACCCAACAUUCACCAAUGGAUAGAUCAUGAAAAGAUAAAUACAGUGAUGUAUCAAAUUGCAAAUCUCGCCUUCGGGAAAGGUGGACUUCGCGGCGUCGAGAUUGAAGAGAAAAGACCGAGAGGGGUGGCAGUGAGGGUUAAGAGGCGUAAUACAGCAAUCCAUGAUCUUGCCACAGAGGUCGCAGUGACUAGAGAUAUUGCUGAUAUGUAUGGGCAGGAGAGGGAAACAGUUGAAAUGUAUUUUUGUUUCAAUAGAGUAAUCAUCUUACCUACAUUGCAAAAUUACACUCUUGCUUAUUUUAUUACAUUGCUCUGGUUAUUAUUGUUGCAUAAUUCAUUAAAAUGGAAUAUUGUAUUGUUUUGUGUAAUACUGUACACUAGAUACAUAUUCAAUAUAUUAUUUGAUAAGGAUUGUAUUUGUCUAAUUGUUGAAUUAGAAGAUUAUGUAAAAGCCUGUCUGAAAAUUGCAUGUUAUUUAAAUAUAAAUGUUUUAGGCGACAUUAUGUGUUACUUUAAAAAAAAGUUAAGUUUUAAAGUAAAAAAGGUCGGAUAAACGUACAUAGUAAGUGGCUGAAAAACAGUACCUAAAGAUUCCUACAUUGUGAACAAAUGGAAAACAAAAUGACGAACGGCGAUGAAGUGUAGUACAUGUUCU